AUGAACAUUUUGAAAAAGUUUAUGGAUUCUGGUAACAAGCCAGAGCUCAUCACGAUCCCUUCAGGGCAGUUCAAUCUUUUGAGGUCUAAGAAUUCACCCAAAGCUGCUUUAGAGUGUAUUUACAAUAAUGCUACUUUGAGCGUGCGUAAAACUGGCAAAUUCGAUUAUGAGUUGGCGGUCUAUAGGGUGGAAGAUGAUAGUGAGGUUGGCACCGGGGAUGAGGGUGAGAAUUUUGAAGAUGACGCGAUCAGUGUUUUGUCUACGCAGUCCAAAAAGAAAGAAGAGGAAUGGAGCGUUGAAAUAUUGGAUAGAAUCAUGUUUCACAAAACUUGGGACAAACAAGGAAACAUAGCUCUUGUAUGGGAAAACUUAAGAGGUGAUGAACAAGAUGAAAAGGUCCAAUUUGUUGUUGCCGCUGACGUGUCAAUGUCUGACGUUGAACAAUUUAUUCAAACAGUUUAUCGAUGCCAGUACGAAGUAAGAAACAAAAAGUCCUCACUUACUGCUUCAUCAGACGAUUUGAAAGAGAUAGAGCAUAACUCGGCCAGACUAUUUGUUCAGGAUGAUGAUCAUGAUGAUGAGGAUGAUGAAUCGAGUUCAAGUUGCGAUGAUUUUCAAGAUGCUAAAGACAUAUCUUUCGAGCACAAGGAGGAUAAUGGCAUUUUGGAUAGAACCCCUUCUCCAUUAAAAAAGGUUCCAGAGGGAGAAAAUCGUUGUUUGAUGACGUCUAGCUUAUAUGUGUAUGAUCCGCUCCAAGAGACGUUUGUUUUGCAAGAACCUGUGGUUAAGGUAGCAAUUAUUGAUACAGGCAAGUAUGAGUUUUGGUUGGCAAUAGAAGGUAAAGAUACUCGUCUUGGAACUCAAGUUGGCUCCAAUAUUAAUCCGACAUUUGAAUUAGUAACCGACACCUUUCUUUUCAAUUAUACGUUACAAAACAUCACGUUGACUUAUAUGUUGAAGUUCAAAAACUUCGAUAAAUGUAUUCAAUUUAGGUCUGUCUGGGUUGAAUGUUUAUGGAUGACACUGAACAAAGAAACUUGGAGAGAUAUUCCUGACAGGGAGAAAGAUUAUAUCUUAGAUUCAUCAUCCGUACCAUUGGAAAAACAAUUUGAUGACAUAUUACAUAUAGGUGAAAGCUCUCAUGAAACAAGGGAUGAAGAAUUAAGUGAAAGUGAGAGCGCUAGUGAAGGUGAAGAUGACGAUAACAACCAUUCUAAAAGAAUUAUUUCAUCUGAAGCAUUUGAAGAACCUAAGCGUGCAACUUCCAAAGGUAACAGUUCUUUAACUAUUGCUUUUAGAAAUAACAGGUCAUACGUUACAAGAGAUGACAAAAUUGGUGUUUUUAGAACAGAUGAUGAAGAUGAUUCCCUGGAAUUUGUUAGCGCCAUAAAGAAUGUUUCCAAUCUAAAUGGUAAAAGCAUCGAACCUCAUAAACCAAUGUUAUAUAUGGAAGAUCGUAACUUAAUUUUAAGUGACGGCAAAAAUGAGAAUAAACUUUAUAAGAUGGAUAUAGAAAGAGGGAAAGUGAUUGAAGAAUGGACUACCGGUGACAAGAAUGUCGUUCAAUAUGGGCCAACCAAGAAAUUCGAUCAAAUGACUCCGGAGCAAACUAUUGUUGGUGUGUCACAGAAAGGUGUAUUCAAAAUUGAUCCCAGGAUAAACGGAAAUAAUAAGAUAGUCAUUGAUGAAUCAAAAGAUUAUGUGGGAAAGUAUAAUUUUAGCUCUAUCGGUACUACGGAAAGUGGUUAUAUUGCUAUCGGGUCGGAAAAGGGUGAUAUAAAGCUGUACGAUAGAUUAGGCAUUAGAGCAAAGACUGCCAUACCUUCACUAAGUCAAUCAAUUAAAUUUAUCACCAUAUCUGCUGACGGUAAAUGGCUAUUAGCAACUUGUGAGAGUUCAUUGCUUCUUAUGGAUCUAGAAAUCAAGGAUGGUAAGAAUGCUGGUAACAUUGGAUUCUUGAAGUCAUUCCCCGCAAGCGAGAAUGUCAAAACAUACGUGUUAAAAAUACGGCCAGAACACACGGCAUCCAUUUUAACAUACACAAAGAAGCCAAUCAGUUUUACGAAGGCUUACUUCAACACUGGUAUAGGCCAGAAGGAACAAACUAUUGUCACAUCAACAGGUCCUUAUGCAAUUUCUUGGUCGUUAAAGGGUAUUUUAGAACGAGACGGUAUCAGGAAUUAUCCUUACAGAAUCCGUAGGUACAAUGGUGAUGUUGUUGCUGAUAAUUUUGAAUUUGGUUCAGACAAAAAGGUUAUAGUUGCCUUGAAAGAUGAUGUUUCUCUAUCGAAAGUGAAAUCCUUUAAACAACCAACCAAAGGAGUUUUGAUGCCAAAUGCUUCCCUCCAAGAUUUUUAUGGUUAA